GAUUGUGCAGUGUGCGGUUGCGAGUUAGUCGGACAACGGGUGCUGCGAGUCAGGACGGUGUGGUACGAGAGCUACAGUUUUCUAGAAAAUCAUUUCGGCAUUAAAACGAGUUUGAAAAACCAGUGAAAUACCAAUGAAUUAAAAUUAACGGACAAUUUUAAUGCUCAAAUAAAAUUGCCGAUGGGGUUGGUUACAACGAGACAAUACGGUGAACUAGGAGGAAGUAAAAAAAAAUGGCCCAUAGGUAGUGAGAGUAAUGAUUGAAUACGUGGGAUUGCCACCCUAGAGAAUAAUUAAGAUAAAACCGAGCGCAGUAGUUUAACCCGAAACGAGACUGAUAAGUAGUAAGAAUUACGUAAAAAUUAUUUCAAACGUGUGGAGACGUGCAGCAACGGAGAGUGAGACCACCGGGGUCUCGUUCUCCACGAGGAUUAGAACAUGGGAAAGGGGUACAAACGAAAAACACGAUGGAGAACUCUGAACAUUGCCGCAUCACCUGGCGAAGAGGACGACGAGGAUGGAAUAAGAGAUGUAAAGCCACGUGAGAAUGGCAUAAGAAAUUCCCAGCACAGUACUGGAAAUCACAAACAACUCCACAGAACUGAAACAAAAAGUCAGAAUGGAGUUGCCACUGGUGAAUCUACUGGUGCACCUCCAUCGAGAUCACAGCCGAAAAUUAUAUUCGAUGAGAAUGAGUACACAAGAAUCACAACACCCCGUCAAGAUGUAUUAUUUAAGAAGGGCUAUCUGGCGAGGAAGAAGGUGUGGUCGAGCAAUAAUGCGAGUACAAGUGCAACCCCGUCGACAACGGAGAGCCAGUCAGCCUCGCACUCAACAGCAGAUGGUAGCGAGACAACUGAAGACCAACAAUUCCUGGACUGCCGUGACAGCGGUCUUGAGGAGUAUCCCCCGAUGACUGAGACAGCUCCACAAAUGAGCUACGGUACAUUCUACGAUCCAUCAACUGGUUAUUACUACGAAUAUCCAGUUAUGGUUGUUGGCCCACCAAUGCCAGGCCCACCAAUGCACAAUUUAUUAGCAGCAAUGCCCUGCGAAGCUGUACCACUACGACCAAUAGAAUGGGUCAAUCCUGCCUUUGUACCAAAACUCGAGCAGCCAUAUUGUCUAAUUGAUUAUCAGAACCCACAAGAUGGCCAAUUUCCAAGUGUCGAGGAGAAUGGAACGAGUUUGAUGGAAAAUCCAUGCACAAAUGGUACAGAUGAACCCGUGGAGAAUGGUAAUGGGAGUUGGACAGGGAGCACAGUUGGUGAUGAGAAUCUCGAUGAAGAGCAGCAGAAUGGACAAGAGGAGACACCAGCAGAUGGAGAAGUGGCGCCCGAGGUUACAUAUCCAUCUGAGCCAUGCCUAGAAACUGUUCUUGCUCAACAACUUCAUGUGUCACCUCACGUUGUACCACCACAGCCCUACAUGUAUCCUGGUCACUACAUGUUCGGUCCAACUCUCAUUAACGUCAAUGGUAUGACAAUUCAGAGUGGACCAAUGGUAAGGACUACAGACAUGCCAGCGGGGGCGUCGAUGUGUGCCAAACGGAGAAAGAAAAAAAAACUGUACCGAAGGAAGCCAAGACGUCCAAUUGGUCAGGACAACAGCGAGGAUUAUGGACCGGAGGAGGAGGAGUACAGCUCUGAAGCUGACACCGUGAACUUGGCCACAGCAUUCGUCCCAAGCAGUCGUCCCCUGAAUCCAGACUGCAAAGAGUUUGAAUUGCGACCCUCGACAAUCGCUGAAUCACCAUCAACACCUUCGCCGAAGGUGCCCGACCCAGAGCCGUCCUCCACCCUCAAUUCCCACGAUUCACCGAUGGAUCCAAUGACACAAGACACCAAUGACCCACAGGCCGACAACUCAGCGACAAUCACCGAGGUUGAGUACGCGACUGAGGCAAUUGCCAACGAGUUGAAUCAAACGCACAUCGAGGAGUCCCAAGAGACGGAGAUCGGUGUAGACGCGACGUGCGCUGAGUUCAGUGACAUCGUGGACAAGUUUGAGGUCUCGAAGGAGUUGUCAAAUGGUCUGAGCAGUCCCCUCCAGGAGUCAAUGGAGACGAUCGUGCCAAAUGGAAAUGACGAUGAUCUUGAGAGAUUGUCGAAUGGCGAUCUGACAGACCUCUCUCCCUCCCCCGAGCCGAGGGAGUCCAUAAGCCUGAAAGUACUCGCAUCAAAAUCAAAUUCCAACUCUCGUAAGAAGUACAAAACCCCGAAGAUCGUGCGUGAAGCGACUCCAGGACCCGAAUUGGAUGAUGAAGUUGGAGGUGGAGAUAAGCCCGAGGGCCUCAACAUCGAAGUUAUAAUGGGAAUCGAGGUGAUCGAGGCACAAGUGCCAGUAUCAAGUGUCUCGACGAUAGGUAGUUACACCAAUAAACCCAAAGACAAUUCAAUCAACGAUGUCACACACGAAGACUCAGGCUUCGAGAGUCAGACACACGCCUCAGAGCAUCGAAUAACCGAGGCUGUUACCCAGUGGUUGAGACGCGCCAAUUCACCGGAUUUAUUUACCGGUUUGAGAAACAACGACAACAGUGAUAAUGAAGACGAUGAGCCGAACGACAUUGAGCCGUCAAAAAACUUGCAAGGCAACCCCAUGCCUGCACUAUCUGCUAAUAGUGUCGUGAUAAAUGAUAAAAAUUUAUCGCGUCCGGCUGGUGAAUUCGCAACAAGAAGGAGAAAACGUAAUGCCAAUAAACGUAAGAAGAAACAGCUCAAGCUGUUGAUGAAGAACGCCUGCGAAUUCCCUGAUAAGGAUAGCGUUGCGGGUAUGAGGGUUGCCGAAAGCACUCGGAUUGAUGACGAUAGAAGGGAGAUUAAUGAUGAGAGGAGUAACGAGUCUACUGAAUCUAGUCGUGACAAUGGUUUGAGGGACACAACUGAUGUCGACGGUUUUAAGACGUAUGAGCAGGGAGAGAUUGUGGUGACGAACGAUGGAAAAUUGUUGUCUGGAGGUGCACCACCACGUCGUGAGGGCAAUCAGGAAGGCAUUACUGAGCAAAAAUCAGAGAUCAAUUCAAUUGGAAGUAUUGAGGAGCCCGAUGUACUUGAAUACUGGGAGGUUGAGACUGUCGAGCCCUUCGUCAAUCCAAAGACAAUGGAGAAACGAGAGAGCUCUGAGCCUCGUGGGGCCUGUGAUGUCGAUCCAGCUGGACUCGAAAUUGUGAGAAAGUACUACAGAUUGGCACGCAACAGUGUCCAGAGUGGCUCAAGCAUCGAUGACGAUGCUAAAUCAAUAAAGAGUGGCUUGAGAUCACGAUUAACUAGUCCCGAUAUCAUCAAGCAUUUCGACAGACAGAUGAUCGACGAGGGAAUCGAAAUCUAUGAGAGCUGCUACAGUGGUAAGCCACCCAUCUAUUUUGAUCCACAUUUUCAAAGAUCAAAGUUCUCAAGGAGAGAUGACGAGGGCGCUCUACCGUGCAGAGUAACAUGCUGCAAUGUUCAGUAAAAUAAAUCCUUCCUGACCGUCCCCAAUAACGUUCUUGGAGCUUUCCUCAACGAUUGAUUUAUUUUAAUCAGAGCAUUAAAACUCAUGUGUUCCACUGCUCAAUUCAUCACUCAAAAGCCGAAUGAAAAUUAUUUUAAAAACAUCCACGAGCAAUGACAAAUGAGGAUUAAUAGUUAUCGUUGUCAGAUGCGUUUGUUCUUGUAAAUAGCUCUUAAGUUUCUGGUUUUGCGAAUGCGUAACAUUAUUACAUACGCAGAAUGAUGAAAAAUUAUUAUACAAUUUACACGUUGAUGUCACAAAGGUGCAAAUGAUCACCCAGUAUCUCUCGACAAAUGAAUUAUUAAUUGAGUUUAUUUGAAAAAUGUUUUUCUCUCGGUUGUUUUUUUUUUCAGUCAUCCAUUUAUCUCAUGGUUAUGGUUGUUAAUUAUUAAUUGUUACUAUUAUUAUUUUUAAGUGAUGAAUAUGCCCAUGUGAGAGGUGCUUUGUGAAUGAACAAAAAGGGCAAUUUUGAUGCCGUCAUUUUGAUUUAAAAAAAAAAAUGAAAAAAAAAAAUUCAAUAAUCUCAGAUGAGUGUUUUAUCAUAAUUACCAAUUAAUUAUGUAAGACUAAACGAAUGGUGUUGAGACGAAGUAAGAGAAAAAAAAAUGAAUGGAGGGAUUGUUUAGUGAGGUACGAUGCAACCAGCAUCUAUUGUUAUCCAAGGCAUAUUUUUAUCGCGCCUUGGUUUAUCUGUUUUAAAAGGUGAAAAAGUAAAAUGAAAUGAAUGAAGAUUAAAAAAUAUUUAAAGAAUGGCCUUUGCUCAGGAAACGAUUCCCUGACACUGCUCACAAAAUAAACAAAAAAAAAAACAAAUUAAAACGCAGCUUAUGGAUUUAUGACCUGAGCUACAGCAUUACUACACAAUGGAAUCAUGAGUUGAAAAAAAAAUCACAGGGAAAAUUUGAUAGACUGCACUCUAGAUCCACCCCGGAUUUUGUUGUGCAAAGAAGACACGAUGGAAAAUUAAUGGGAGUAAUACUGCAAGCCGUUUAGUUUCAGGAUAGCUUUUAACGUGACGUUGUACGGUGUCAAUAGGCAAUAAAAGCUUGGUAAUAAAGGAAAUGAUGUUGAUUGAUGGAGAAAAAAUAUAUAACUAUGUAAGCGUGAGUUAGGGGAGAGCAAAAUUAAAGGAAAACAAAAAAAAAGACAAGUCCUCGAGUAGAUGCUGUACACGAUAAUCGCGAAAGACCCAAAAACACUUGCAUACAUCACAUAUACUCAUACUGUAAUCAACACAUUGUUCAUUCAUUAGCUUUCAAGUGAGAACAAAUUAACAAAUACAAACAAACAUCUCAGGUUGAUGCGAUUGUUGUUGAGACAUUUACUAAAUUAACAUUAUCCCAUAUCGAAGUAAAUGAGAAAAAAAUUACAGAAAAGAAAAAAUAAUAAUCACGACAUACCUCAUACAUAACUAAAAAUUGUGUAAAUAUACCUGCGAAUUGUUCGAGAUGGAAAAAAUGAAAUGAUACGUCAUAAAUUCAUGAGUUAAGUUUCAGAGGACUAUUAUUCUUAAAAUAAUUUCAUUAUUUUUUUUUUCUCGUUCUCGAUGAUGAAUAAAAAUAAACACCAAAUGUAUUAAAUUGUGCCAUGCGAAUCGUUCCAACAGUACCGAAAUACCACGACAAAAUGAAAAAAAAAAAAAAAAACAAUGCAAUCUGUAACUGAAUUAUCGAACCGAAUGAAAGACUUCAUAAAACCCACAAAAUGUAAAAUAAAUAAUCGCUAUUAUAACGUGCGCGUUGCAUCAAUUGUGUGCCUUAUUCUGUGGCGAUCACUUAUCUUGAAAGAAUUUGCAAACAGUGAGAAAAAUCCGACAAUUUUGGAACGAAUGAAGAAAAAAAAAAUCCCAAAUCGAAUGAAUUCUCUGAAUGAAAUUGAAAGACAGCUCUAAAUAAAUCCACAAAAUCACCCGCAAAUUAAUUAAUUUCUUUUGUUUUUUCAUUAAAAACCAACAACCAUUGUUUAUAUAAAUGAUAAUAAUUAUUAUCAAAAACCGUAAUUGAAUAGGAAACUACUUUAAAUGAUUAAAACUUCGAAGAACAAAUAACGAAGACACUGAUUACACCGAACAAAAAAAUUAAAUCACAUAAAAUACAAUGUGAGCAUUGAAACGAUGAAAUAAAUCAAUAAAAUUUGUCCGAAUCACGUUCAAUUGUACAAUUAAAAUUACUCUAGUUGUACUGGGUACAAAAUACGCAUAAGAAGUGGAAAUGAUACUUGAGAACAAAAAAUACUUCGUCGUGUUAUCGCUUUAAACUUAAGGAAAUAAUAAACAUAGGUUCGUUUUAAA